CGACAACGAAGGAGACAAAGUACUUGCGCAAUGUGGCCGUAAGAGGCAAGAAAAAACCCCCAUCGCUUGUAAACAGACUUAUCUGAAACUGUAUCACUGCUCGAACGGCGAGACUGGCCGCAGACAACCCGCCUUACGAACACUGUUCGACCGCAAGUUGUUAAGUUCAACUUACUUGGGAGUCUCUUCACUCUUCACUCUAUGUUUUACUACAUCUCAACUUCUUAAGACCUGCUGCUGUUAGUCAGUGCUAUUAUUAGCACCAAGCUUCGACAUGGCAGACGUAGAAGCCACGGGCGAUGCGAAAAUCGGACCUCCGCCAGACGAUGUUCCCAACAAGCCGCAACAAGACUCGGCACCCGCUCCCGGACCUGGCUCGGAAACCGCCUCGACACCGGCCCGUCCUUCGUUCCCUCCCCCUCGGGCCCCAUACAUACCGCAGUUUACCGCAGCCACACAAAUGAUUCUUCAAAGACUGAAGGGCGAGCAGAGCAGUCUCAGUGCUGCACUUGCACAAGCAUCCCGAUCUGCUUCCGUCUCGCCAGCGAUCGCGUCCCCGACCUACGAAGAUGUGAAGAGACGGCUGGUCAUGGGCAUGAACACGUCGACGCAGAUAACGACGCAGAUGACGAUGCAGAUGCCCACUCCGGCUCCGGCCCGGUCUGCACCGUCCACUUUUCCGCAGUCCGCGACAGCGCCACCGAAGCCGGUCUAUUCCACGGCCGGCAUGAGCGCUAUUAGAAAGGUCACGGCCGGACUAACAGCAUCAUCGAGACCAACGCUCGCCAAAGCCGUAACCGUCAAGACAGCCUCAUCAUCCGAGACCAAGAUCACAAAACUGAAGACAUCUGCAGGACCCCGCGGGCCUGUCGCCAAGCGCAGACGCACGAAAACCCAAGACGACGAUGACGACAACGUGAGCCGCAUAUACAGCGUCUCGUCGAUCACUUCGCCCGAACCUACGCCCCCGGAGAGCACUAGUACUACUAGUAGUACUACUACUACUACUAUUACUGCUAGCACAACCACACCCCCUGUACCUCUAACCAUGACCAAGUCAGGCCGCCAAGUCCUCAAGCCAGCGGCGUACAACCCGGCAGCCAUGGACGCAGCCAGCAAGAAGGCACGCGCACACCACCACCACCAUCACCACCACCACAACCACAACAACAACAACCACCACCACGCACACUACAGCAAGCGCACCGCCGAGCAGACGGCGCUCUGCAAGAAGUGCAGCCGCAUGCACAGCCCGGCCAGCAACCAGAUGGUCUUCUGCGACGGGUGCAACGACGGGUGGCACCAGCUGUGCCACGAGCCGUGGAUCGCCGACGAGGUUGUCAAGGACCAGACCAAGGGCUGGUUCUGCGCCGGGUGCGUGGCGAAGAGGGAGAGACAUGCCGCCAAGAGGCAGAAGCUUGACCACCAACACCAGCACCAGCACCAGCAUGGUCAGGGCCAGGGUCAGGGUCAGGGUCAGGGGAGGUCGUCGUCGUCGUCGUCGUCCUCGAAGGACAGGGACGGGGGAAGGGAGAGCUGGGCCGGCAGGCCGCCGCAGCAGAAGCGGGCCUACCUCCUGACGCUGUCGCAGCAGGAGCUUGUCGGGCUGUUGAUGAAGUGUCUGGAGCUGCAUCCGGAGCUGCCCAUCUUCCCGUCUACCACUACUUUGCCGGCGUCGGACCAGCAUCACGGGACGCCGCGGUCGCUGUUUGGGGGCGCCACGACGACCGAGGGGCUGUUCCCGCGCGCCGACUUUGUGAGGAAGGUCGUCAACGGGGGCAGCAAAUCUGCUGCUUCGGGUAAAGGGGCGAGGUCUGCUGCUGCUGCUGGUGGUGGUGGUGCCGCUGGGAACGGUGGAGGAGGAGGGGCCAAGGGGAGUCAGAAGGAGGACAGCCAGGAGAGGGUGAAUGCGGGCGAGGACGACGAGUUUGAUCCGCUUGCUGCGCUGUGGCCGAAGCCGGGCAUGGGCCUGUAUAUUCGGCUGCCGCCGGAUACGGAGGAUGACGCGCGGUUGAAGGACGACGAUGAUUAUGAGGCCUUUAGUGUCAUUGUGUACGAUGACCGGGGGAGGAAGGUGGAGGAGAAUGGGAUGAAGGUGUGACUUGGCCCCUGGGGACGGCCUCACAAAGCAUCAGGAGGUGGCUACCAUAUACUUUUGGAACUCUCGGGCUUCCGCAUUGCUCUCGCGUGGUUCUUGCUUCUCCUCGAGUCGCAAAGCACUAUUCACUGCAGCGACACCCCGACGCGGGUCGAGAACAGUUGUAUUGAAG